UGAUUUCUCCUCAGCUUCUUGAAGGGCAACAGUCUGAACUUUCAAAUCCACCAAGUUCUUCUGCUUUUCCCUCAGAUUAUCUUGCAUGAGUUUCUUGACUGUUAUCAGGGCCUCAGAUUGAGAAUCAACCAGCAGCAGGCUAUUCACUAUGGCAUCAGCAGGACAAUCGCAUGCGGUGGUCAAAGCUGUGGAGACCCUGAGCAGAGGGCAAGAUGUACGGAGAGAAACGGAGCUUCUCAUGAAGUCUUAUGCCAACUGGGAGGAAAUUCUCAUGCCAGCGCCCAUCUCCAUUGCUAUCCUAGGGAAGCUGAUCUUCAUCUCAACAGGACAGGGGGAUUUCUCCCUCAACACGUUACCUCCUGAGGGAGGCUUCCAGCACCUCAAAUGUCCAGAAUCCUUCAAAGCCUCCCUGUGCCAAGUCAGCAGUUGAGGCUGGAUUGCCUUCAACGAAGCCCACGUCAACAUGGACAAGAUUAGACUGCUGGCAAGCAGCAUCCCGGAACAGAUGAAAACCAUUGUACGGACUCUCAUCCAGGACACAGAGGUCGUCACGGCUUUGCUUCCGAAUCAGCUCAAAAACCUCCAGGCAGCGACAGAGCAAUGCGGUGGGCUGGCCAAGGCGGUCAGGGCCAAGUUCACAGAUGUCAUCCUCCUCAUCCAAGAACUCCUGGAGGCUUGUCUCAAUGCCAAGCGGGGCUAUGAGAAGGAGCUGAAGGAAGUGCAGAUUGCUCUGGAACAAGCCAAGAUCCGAGAAAAGUCAGCCAAGGAAGCCAAGGAGAUGGCCGAACGAUACCAUCAUCAGAUGAAGGAGCAAGUUGAGGAGUCUUUCCAGCAGUAUAAAGAAGCCAUGGACUCCAUCCCUACAGGAUGGGAUGUGGUAGGAAUGGAGCUGGUUGCUACUCUCACCCAGACUCUGGGGACGUUUUCAGUUGAGUUUAGCCGGAUGCUAGCAGGGAAGCAGAAGAAUCUUGGAGAAGCAGCCGAGAUGGGCAGAGGUGAAGGACUGAAGAGGAUGAUUCCUUUCAUUUCAGCCAGUGUCAUAUGUUCAAAGUCAGCUGAGCUUUUGACUUUUGCUACUAGCUUGAGAAAUCUCUUGGAUCAGUGGUUCUCAACCUGUGGGUCGGGACCCCAUUUGGGGUCGAAUGGCCAUUUCACUGGGGUCGCCAAACAAGGCUGUCUGCCAUUUUCCCCCCUUUUCUUUGGCCACGCCCCGGCACCCGGUGAUAUAUAAGUGGUUGGGGGUCACCACAACAUGGGGAACUGUAUUAUGGGGUCGCGGCAUUAGAAAGGUUGAGAACCAUUGUCUUGGAUGAUCACAGAAACAUUAAGAUCUCCAUGAUUCUCGAUGAAAAGACUGGGGAGAUCAAAACAGGGUGGGUGAAGAAGAAUUUACAAAGGCUGAGAGACUCUAUUGCCAAAGAGGAAGAGUGUGACCCUAAAGUCAAAGCCCAGGAGAUUUGCCAAGCUGCCCUGGAUAUUUGUCAACAGUUGGAGCAAAUAGCUUCAUCCGUGGGUAACGUCGGGAAAGUGGGGAAGAGUUUGCUGGAUGGAAUACACCAGCUCCAUAAGAAGGCUUCAGAAUUUGACUCCUACAGCAAAAUAUACACCCGAUCACCGGCGUUUUCACCCAGACCCCCCCAACGUAUCCAAGAUGGGGGAAGUGAGAAACACAGGAGUGGAAAAUGCCCGCCUUAAAGUGCAGCAGAGCCGAGAGGCCUUGAAGGCCACCAGAGAGGAGUAUCAAAGAAGCUUUGAAAAUUUCAAGAAGCAGAAUGAAGAACUGACCGAGAUCCUCUGCACCAUGAGAAGGUACCAAGUUAAGGAAGUGGAUUUUGACACGGCCAGGAAAAUGCUCAUAAAAGGCUUGGAAGCCCUGAGUCGGGUAAAAGAGCAAUGGGAAAAGAUGGUGAGGUUUUUCCAAAUGAUCUCCAACUUAAUCGAGACCAGCCUGGUGUGGAGCGUGAAAGAAUUUGCCGACACCGUAGACAGUGCCCAAAAGGUCUCCAGCUACUCGUCCAAAGCUUUCAUGGCUGAUCUGGUUUACGGACAUAUUUUCAAUGCCUCCAGUGUGGCUCAGCUGGUCGCCAUGAUUUCGGAGGCUUACACCAUGGUGUCAGAGAAGUACCUGAUGGAGCGGGUGAGCAGCUUAGGGCACCUGCUUGCCAUGGAAGCCGAGGAACUGAACCCAGUCACUUGGAGGGAGGAACAGGGCCGUUCUGGCAAUAUAACCCACCCCCCCCUUAAAAUUGGAUCACUGUAGUUAUAUUUACUUGGCUAUUACAGGUAGUUUUCAACUUACAAUUGCCAUUAGCCCAAAAUUUAUAAUAAUAAUAAUAGUAAAAUUGGAAGGGACCUUGGAGGUCAUCUAGUCCAACCCCCUGCUCAGG